UGCUGCAGGCCCUGCACCCAGAGCCAGCUAUGUCUGCUUUCAGGGGGGCAUUGUUUACACCCUCCUCCACCGUCUUCCAGAGUCUUCAGCCUUUCAGCAGCCCCCAAAUGCUGCGAGGUGGUCGGUCCGCAUCCAUCCCAGCCAGAGGCCAACACCAGCGGGCCCGGCCUCUGACCCGCGCAGGCGCACAAGCGCGCUCCCCACUCCGGUUCCAUGGAUUCCCAGUCCAGCUGCGUGGUGGUGACCGGUUUCGGGCCCUUCCGGCAGCACUUGGUGAAUUCCAGCUGGGAAGCGGUGAAGGAACUCUCCAAGCUGGGCCUGGGGAGUGACAUGCAGGUAGAGCUGCGGAUUCUUCAGCUGCCGGUAGAUUACAGGGAAGUGAAGCAGAGGGUCACCAGAAUCUGGGAAGAUCUUCGACCGCAAUUCGUUGUGCAUGUGGGCGUGGACCCCGCUGCCAAGGCCAUCUUUCUCGAACAGUGCAGCAAGAACCGAGGCUACCGGGACGCCGACAUCCGGGGCUUCCGGCCCGAGUGUGGCGUGUGCCUUCCGGAUGGCCCAGAAGUGAUUGCGUCAGAGGUCAGCAUGAAGGAGGUCAGCCGGCGGGCGGCAGUGCAGGGCGUGGAGGUGGCCUUUUCCCGAGACGCGGGACUGAUUCUGAGGAGCCUCCCACUCACUAGCCUCUGGUGGCUGGCAGAAGAAAAGGGGUAUGUCUGCGAUUAUGCCUACUACCUGUCUUUGCAUCAUGGAAAUGGGCGCGCGGCGCUCAUCCACCUUCCUCCGUUAUCUCCUUGGCUGCCCGCCAGCCUGCUGGGAAAAGCCCUGCAGGUCAUCAUCCAGGAAAUGCUGGAGGAGAUUGAGAAGGCCCGGGCUCCAAACCUGGUUCACCGGAAACUCGGCCUUUGCAGUUCCAGCCAGGGAGAACCAACUGGGGGACUGCUCCUUUAGAGAAAAUUAAAUGCUUCAAUCCUGUGAAUAGAGUUCAACUGUGCUUUGAGAGGCUUUUUUAAAAAAUUGCUUAUAAAACAGUUUACACAGAGGAAAAAUGUUCUCAAUUCGCUCAACGAAAUCACAAAGGGUUAUUUUAUUGUCAGAAGAAGGAAGAACACUCUGAAAGGCAGACAUUUCAUAGGGGAUUAACUAGCUUCAGUUAUGGUUUUCCUGACAAUAAAAUGAAGUGCUAGUAA